AUGGAUUGCCUAAUAAAGAAGGUUAAGAAAGUGUUCCAGCAUUCGAUUCAGAAAUGUUUCCCAUCGAUUAACGAAGAAGCAGUUGUUACUUACUCCAAUGCAAAAUUCGGCCAUUUUCAAUGUAACAAUGGCUUAAACAUUUACAAGAAGUAUGGAAAAGAACUGAAUAUAGAAAAUGCACAAAAGUUAUCGCAGAUGAUAAUUGAAAACAUAAGUGAGAAUUUCUUCGAUGAAAUUAAUUCAUCUCCGCAAGGUUUUAUAACAGUAAAAUUGUCAAAAGAGUAUAUAGAAAAAUCUUUGCUGAAGUUGUAUAAAAAUAACAAAAUUGAUAUAAGCAUAAAUAUAAAUGAAGUGAAAGAUGAUAAUGUAAAAUAUGAAAAUGUGUUGGUAGAUUUUUCAUCUCCUAAUAUAGCAAAAGAAAUGCAUGUUGGACAUUUAAGAUCAACAAUAUUGGGGGAUAGCAUAUGUAGAAUUUUUGAAUUUUUAAAUGUUCAUACUCUAAGAGUUAAUCAUCUUGGGGAUUGGGGAACGCAGUUUGGUAUGAUCAUAAAUUAUAUAAUUUCCAAUCAUCCAAAUUUUAAAGAGAAUAUGCCAGAAUUAAACAAUUUGACUACCUUAUAUCAAGCGUCUAAAAAUCUGUAUGACUCAGAUAAAGAAUUUCAAAAGAAUUCGAAACAUUAUGCAAUAAAAUUACAAAAUUCUGAUGAAGAUUGCUUAUUUAUAUGGAAAAAGAUAUGUGAAAGUAGUAUCAAAGAAUUCGGGAGAUUAUAUGAUAUAUUAGAAGUUAAAAUAGAACAUUUUGGAGAAUCAAAUUAUAUCAGUAUGAUACCAGCAGCUAUAGAAAUGUUAAAAGAAAAGAACAUGUUAACAAAUAUUGGAGAUGCUAUAUGUUACAAAUCAGAAAAUUUUAAUGUUCCUUUAUUUUUACAAAAAUCGAAUGGUGGAUAUGGUUACGAUUCAACAGAUGUGGCAUCAAUACAUUAUAGAUUAAAAAAAUUAAAUGCUGACUGUCUCAUUUAUGUUACGGAUAAUGGACAAUUAACGCAUUUUGAAACCCUAUUCGAGGUAGCUAGAAGGGCAAAUUGGGCUACUGAGAAAACGAAAUUUGUUCACGUUGGAUUUGGUCUUGUCCUAAAUACAGAUAAUAAAAAAUUCAAAACCAGGAGCGGCACAAAUGUAAAGUUGAUUAAUCUUAUCAACGAGGGUACCGAGCGAGCAAAGAAGGACUUGUUAGAGAGGAUUCAGUCAAAGAGCGAGGAGGAAAAGAAUUACUUCAAAGGAAUAGAUAUAGACCAGCUAAGUGAAGCUCUAUGUACUAGCGCCAUCAAGUACUUCGACCUCAAGCAGCAUAGAAAUACGGAUUAUAAGUUUUCAUAUGAUAGUAUGCUAAGCAUGAAAGGAAACACGGGGUUGUAUAUUAUAUAUGCUUAUUCAAGAAUAUGUUCCAUUUUUAGAAAGUGCAAUGUAAAUAUGGACGAAUUGCCAAAAGACGAGUUAAAUUUAAGUAGCCCUUAUGAAUUAAAUCUAGGACUUCAUAUUUUAAAAUUUCCUGACAUUUUUUAUUUUAUUUUAAAGAAUAUGCUAAUUCAUAAGCUGGCCGAGUUUACCUACGAUUUAACUACAAUAUUUACAGCAUUCUAUGAAAAUUGUAAAGUCAUAAAUAGUGAAAACGAGAAAACAAGGCUAAUUUUAUGUGCUAUAACAAAAUCCUUAUUACAAAUUUGUCUGGGAUUGCUAGGAAUGAAGGCAAUAGAAAAAUUAUAA